GAGCCCGCGGCUGAGGGGCGGGCGCGAUGGCGGACGCCUUCAGCCUGCGGGAAGUCCUCGCUGCUUUCCAGACCUGCGUGACGGAACGGCGGGAGGUGCUGCUCGGGCCCUACCUCCGCGGCUGGCGGGGGCUUAUCCGGUUCCUCCACAGCCUGGGGGCCAUCUUCUCCUUCAUCUCUAAAGACGCGGUGGCCAAGGUACAGAUCAUGGAGAACUACUGCCGCGGCGAGCAGCGGGAGAAUUACGUGUCGCUGCAGUCGAUGGUGGAGUACGAGCUGGCCAGCGGGCUGGUGGCUGUGGGGCGGCACUCGGGGCGCCCCGAUUCCGGCUGCCGCACCAUCCUGCGCCUCCACAGAGCCCUGCGCUGGCUGCAGCUCUUCCUGGAGGGGCUGAGAACCGGCCGGGAGGAUUCCCGCACCUCUGUCAUCUGCACGGACUCCUACAACGCUUCCCUGGCUACCUACCACCCCUGGGUUGUCCGCAAGGCAGCCACGGUGGCCUUCUGCGCGCUGCCAUCCCGAAACGCCUUCCUCGACACCAUGAACGUGGGGACGCCCGAGGAAGCGGUCGCUAUGCUGGGGGAGGCCUUACCCUAUAUCUGUGAUGUAUAUGGCAUCACCCAGGAGCUCUUCAGCCAGCAUCAGCUGCUCGACCUUCCUUGACAGGAGGGGUGUCGGAGCCACGCCACCUCCUGACAGAAGCAGGAUGAACUGGGUGAAAACCAUGCGUUUCCACAGGUGCACAAGCGACUGGUUCUCCAUCUGCGGUCGCUCUCCCUUUCCAGUAUGGAGCUGACAGUUGGCAAAGCUAUUCAGGAUGCCUCACUUAAAGAAAAAAAAUGUACCUUUUUUUUAUAUAUACAUAUAUCUGUGUGUGUGUGUGUAACCCCAGCUCUACAGUAAGAGAAAAAACACUCUUAGCUCCUCUUCUUCCUAGAUUCACCUCUCCAGCUAGGCUGGGAGGGUGAGUUUCAUUUCUUUUUUAAGCCAAACUCUGCAACCUGGGCAGCUUCCGUGUGUUUACACCAGACUUUAGGAUCUCAUGUGAGAGCACAACUUUCAGAUGGGGCAUCUGAACCCAUUCACAUUACAUGUGAGCUCACUUUGCUGCUUCUGUUUACAAGCUGUUCCCUUGAAUAGAUCGGGGGGGUUGCCCUCUAUUAUGCUUUAACGUUGAAAAUAUAAUCCCAAGUAACGUGUCUGAAAAAAAGCUCCUUUCCUUGUGGUCACGGACUCAUUUGAUCACUACUGCUACUUCUGUGUCCCCUAGAAUUGGAAAGGAAAUGGUGCUGUAUGUCACUGCUGUAAGAGACCGUUCUUCCUUUGGACCCUGGCACAUUAAAGCAGGACCCUUCGGUGUAGCUUCCCCUGCCCAGUAAUCCAUGCUUUGUGUGUCUUGGUAUGUGGAACAGUUUUUAGUGUGUACUGCACAGUCCUAUAUAUCCAGCUAAGGCUGCACCUUAUCUGUUUUCCAGCCCUGUUUCUAAAUUGUGAUUUCAUUAUUUAUAUUUUUUUUUAAUGAAUGUGUCAAAUGCCUACAAAAAUGACUUCUCUCACUGGGGAGAAAUCGGAACUUGCACUGUAAAUCACUACUUUGUGAGGCUUAUGGCUUCUCUUGCAAAUUACUGUAUCUAUACACACCAAAGUAUGUAAAAAGAAGUUUACUUAACUUUUUGAAAGCUGAAAAAGCACUAUGUUGUAUUUAGGGUGAUGUGAAUAUUGGGGGGGAGGAGGGAGAACCCCACAGGCUAUAACAUGUUUUGAUUGUAUGUCAGAGAGGAAGCAUUUUGGCCUAAUGUAAUACUACAUGAUUCAGGAAAUCACUAUUACCUCAUGGAGAUCAGACCGACUGGACAUUAAAUUAUCUGAACAACA